AUGGGGCAAAAAAGAACGCCAGGGCUCUUCAAACGCGAAGGCAUCUGGCACAUCGACAAACAGGUCCGUGGGAAGCGCAUUCGAGAAAGCUGCAGCACAGGCAAUCUCCAGGAAGCAGAGAAGUACCUAGCAUUCCGGCUGGAGGAACUGCGUAACGCAGAAAUCUACGGUAUUCGCCCAACACGAACCUUUGAACAAGCCGCAACGAAGUUCGUCCAGGAGAACGGACAUAAACGUAGCCUGCGCUGCGAUAUAGGCAACUUACGCAACCUUAUGCCAUGGAUUGGCGACUUGGAGUUGAACAAAGUGAAUAUGGGCACACUACAACCGUGGUUGGCACACCGGCGCAGCGAAGGCGUGAGCGCGGGUACGAUCAACCAUGCCUUGAAGAUCGUGCGCCGCAUACUCAAUUUGGCUUCAUCUGAGUGGAUGGACGAACACGGCCUGACUUGGCUGCAAGCAUCUCCGAAGAUACCGCUGCUCCCGGACCGAAAUAAGCGUCAGCCCUACCCGCUGAACUGGGAAGAGCAAGAUCGGCUAUUGGCAGAACUGCCGCCACAUAUGGCGGAGAUGGUGCUGUUUAAGGUCAACACGGGAUGCCGCGACGGGGAGGUCUGUAAUCUGCGCUGGGACUGGGAGUGCCUUGUACCGGAGCUGAACACUUCGGUGUUCAUUGUGCCGGGCAGCUUCGUGAAAAACGGUGAGGAGCGUCUGGUGAUACUGAACCGAAUCGCUCAAUCAGUUGUGGAAGCUCGCCGCGGUCAGCACCGUACGCACGUCUUUGCCUACAAAGGCAAGCCGUUCGACCGUAUGGGCAACAGUGCCUGGAAGCACGCCAAGCGUCGUGCCGAUCUACCAGACCUGCGCAUACACGAUCUAAAGCACACCUUCGGUAGACGCCUACGGGCAGCCGGUGUGAGCUUUGAGGACCGUCAGGACCUGCUAGGCCACAAGUCGGCACGCAUGACGACGCACUACUCCGCACCGGAGUUGGAGCGAUUGAUCGAUGCUGCUGAGUCGACUAAAUACACUGGUUUCUAUGGGCUCUCUAUGCACCCGGUUUCCGCAUUUUUCGACAUUCCCGCUAUCCGGCGCUACCGUUUACUGUGCGCCGUUGGGGCGGGUGCGCUGUACUGCAUCCUCAUCUCACGCCUGGUGAUCGCUGACCUGCCGGGUGGUCGAUUUUACCCCCUGGAGCUACUCGCGGCGUCUACCUUUGCUUUCUUUGCCAUAUCUGCUGAGCGUAUAGCUUUUAUCCGUCAUCGGCCGAACAGCGCCCUGUUCUGGGUGCUUCUGCCCGCCCUUUGCCACUUGCUGCAUCUGAACUACGAACGACACAUUGACCCUGCUGCGUUGCUGGCCCUGAACCUGGUGAUGGUAUUUGGUGGCGUGAUCGUAGAGUCCAACAUCUGGCGUCGAGCUCUCAUUCUGACCUGGGGUGGCAGCACAAUUUUUAUGGCCUGGACCGUACCAGAACCCAUCACCGCACCGCUGGGUGUGACCAUGGUUUUUACCUGUAUCGGAAUUCUGCUCUAUCUUAUUGCCGGUGGUCUCCAUGCUGCACGCACGGCCAGUGCAGACGCUUUGUCGCUACUUGACGAAACACAAGGUUUUGCAGGCGUGGGUGGAUGGCAGAAAAAUUACACCACCGAUGAAAUCCGAUGGACGCCAACCACUUACGAAAUAUUGGAUUUACCCAUGGACUCUGAUGCCGCGCUGGAUGUCAGACCCUAUCUGGUGAACGACCCAGAAAACAGUCCUUUGAUAAAAGCCACAGAACACAUGCUCGCCACGGGUGAGCCUUACGACAUUGUAGAUCAGCUACGAACCGCCACCGGGCGUUCAAUCUGGGUACGCUGCAUGGCUAAAAUCGUCUACGAAAACGGUCGUCCGCUACGUGCCUUGGGCGUAUUUACAGAUAUUACUGCUCAGGUUGAAAAAGAACAUGAACUUACUGCGGCCAAAGAGGCUGCGGAGGCUGCUGCCAAAGCGCGUACCGAAUUCCUCGCUAACAUGAGCCAUGAAAUUCGAACCCCUAUGAAUGGCGUCAUUGGCAUGGCGUCCCUGCUCAGCCAGCAGGAGUUAGACCCGGUGAGCCGCAACUACGUGGACGUCAUUCGCACCAGUGGCGAAUCGUUACUGCACAUCAUCAACGACAUUCUGGACUUUUCAAAACUCGACGCGGGCAAAAUGUCGAUAGAGGAAAAAGAAUUUGCUUUGCACAAACUCAUGGAAGACACCACCAAUCUCGUUCGUCAGAAUGCUCAGGAUAAAAACCUUAUCUUGGAAACAAUCAAUCAGACAACGCCAGAGGCGCGUUACAUUGGUGAUGCACACAAGAUUAAGCAGGUGUUGGUUAACCUGUUAUCCAAUGCGGUCAAGUUUACGUCUCAGGGGAAAGUCAAGCUCUCCGUAACGGCUGAACUUGAUCAAUCGCUUCUCGACAGCCUUACUUUUACGGUCACCGAUACGGGCAUCGGUAUCGAUCCACUCAAACUCCCUACCCUGUUCGAUGCCUUCAUCCAGGAAGACACCUCAAUUACGCGCAAAUUUGGCGGCACCGGCCUGGGGUUAGCGAUUUCCAAGGCACUGGUCGAAGAAAUGGGGGGGCAUAUCACUGUAGACAGUCACAAAGGGCAAGGCACAUCCUUUGCGGUGCAUCUGGCGCUACCGCGCAGUCUCAAUAAAGCAACCGUUGAAAAGCCCAGGGCUCGAGCGGCGCCCGCAAGUUCGGACCUGCGCGUACUUAUUGCCGAAGAUAACGCCGUCAACCAGCACGUCGCCAUAUUGAUGCUGAAGAAGCUGGGGUAUAGCGCAGAGAUCGCAGAAGAUGGGCUGAAGGCAGUCGCGGCCGUUCGCCUUAACCCCUACGAUAUUGUGUUCAUGGAUCUGCAGAUGCCGGAAAUGGACGGUCUUGAGGCAACACGGCGCAUCCGUGCGGACCCUACCCUUCACCAGCCUUAUAUCAUUGCCUUAACGGCAAACGCCAUGAACGCAGACAAAGAAGAAUGUCUCGCGGCGGGCAUGAAUCACUUUCUCGCCAAACCCAUGCGCAUUCGCGACUUACAAGCUGUGUUGGAUGACGCCCAUAUCGCUCAGAAAGACACAAUCAGUUGA